AAGCUCAGCCCACACACUUCCUCCUCAGUCCAGGUGAAAACAUGGCUUUAUUUGGUACCAUUGGAGCUGUAGCAGGAGGAUUAGGAGCUUUGGUCGUGGCCCCUGCUGCUCUGACUGCAGCAGGUUUCACUUCAGCUGGAAUAGCAGCAGGCUCCUUUGCUGCUAGCUUGAUGUCAACUACUGCAGUUGCCAGUGGAGGAGGAGUGGCAGCAGGAAGUGUGGUGGCUGUUUUGCAGUCAGUAGGUGCAGCUGGUGUGUCUGCAGCUACUGCUGUAGCUUCAUCUGCCGCUGGAGCAGCAGCAGGGGUGGUGCUCUCAGCUGUGGCUAACUCAACUGGAGCCCCCUAAAGAUCUACAGCGUGGAUAUAUAUCAUUAAAGUUUGGGUAAAGUGAUUCUGCUGAAAGAUGUUUUUUUGCCGAGUCUCAUUCCUACAUUCAUCAAAUAUCGACAAAUUGGGAAUGAGACUCAACAAUCAAACUUUCUCAGGAAUUGCUCGCCCCUUCUUCACAGAGGCUACUGCAAUUUAUAUCAAGCAAUGCUGUCAUCCAAACAGCUGACAUUUUUGUGCAAUAAAUCUGUAAAACCUACUA